GCCUUGCUUUUCCAACAGAGGGGGAGGGGAGAGUGCAACACAGGGGAGUGACUGUUUCAGUCCAAAGUGCAUUUUCAAGUUUGUACAAUGUGCUUUGCAUACCAUAAAAGUAACAUUCCCUAGUCAGCAUUGAACUUUAAUCUGUGCAGGAGAUAAGGCGCUUUAGUUUUUGCACAGAGUGGUGUGAUCAGUAGAGGACGCUAAUCCUCUCACCUUGCUGAUUUUGAGAGGAUUCUCUGAUAGGCUGUCCAAAAGUACAGGACGGUUGAGCAUCUACGUGGUGCAGCAAUGCGGUUGGUGCAGUUCCAGUGCAGCAAUGAUGACGGUGGAGUCAGGGUGGGCGUUGAGCAGAGUGAAGGGCUUGGUGUGGUGGACCUCAAGGCCUUCGAUGCCUCCAUGCCUUCCACCAUGAUAGAGUUUCUAGAGAUGGGCCAUAAGGGCAUGGAGUGUGCUCAGAGGGCCCUGUCCUCAGGCCAGUGUAUAGUGCCUAGGUCGGAGGUGAAGUUGCUACCCCCGGUCUUGGCCCCAGAAAAGGUGGUGUGCGUCGGCAUGAACUACCGGGACCAUUGCCUGGAGCAGAAUGCCCCCAUCCCCAAGGAGCCAAUAAUCUUCAGCAAAUUCUCCAGCUGCAUCACCGGCCCCUACGACAACAUCACACUGCCGGAUGAGAGCCAGGAGGUGGACUGGGAGGUGGAGCUAGCCUUUGUGAUUGGACGGAGAGGGAAACACAUCAAGGAAGAGGAUGCCAUGUCGUUUGUGGCAGGCUUCACCGUGGCCAACGACGUCACCGCUCGUGAUUGGCAGAUGAAACGCAACGGGAAGCAGUGGUUGCUGGGAAAAACAUUUGACAGCUUCUGUCCUCUCGGCUCAGCUUUAGUGACAAGCGAUGCUGUGAAAGGUACGGCCAGGGAUGUAGAAGGGUUGACUGGUUUUCCUGGCUACCAACCUCCUUGCUGGUGCUUGGUUGGGACAUUUCACUCAAGUUUUCUUGACUCUCUGCCACGGACAUCUUAGGCUACAUACGUCUGCUAUUUCCAUGCUGGAGUGUGACAUGUUUGCGUCGUGUGCAGGUGCGAUGGAUCGCGUAUAAACCAAUAGGGUGUCGGAAUGGUAUAUGCUUACACUUCUCAUCCAACCAUAAUCAAAUUCACUCUAUCCGGAUGGCUGGAUUUUUCUGGAUAGGUUAUUUUUUGGUGAGUGUUUUUUUGAACGAUUACAAGCCGGAAUGAACCAAGCCAAGCUGAAAUUGGAGUAACAACGCUAUUUUUAAAAUGUAAGGAGUAGAAAGUACAGAUAAUUGCGUGAAAAUGGAAGGAGUAGAAGAAGAAAGUAUUACUUCAGUAAAGUAUGGAUAAAGUAUGGACACAAAAUUUCGACAUAAGGUAACGAAGUAUUUGUACUUCGUUACUUGACUCCUCUGAAAAGGAGCCCCGACAAGUAUCGAGUGUUGUACAUGUUCAUAGUUUUCAGUACUCCAACAUUUCUGUGUUAAAAAUAUUUUUUUUGUAUUGGUCUUAAGUAAAAUUCUAAUUUUCUGAGAUACUGAAUUUUGGCGUUUCAUUAGACAUCAGUUAUAAUCAUCAAAAUUAAAACAAACACUUGAAAUAUAUCAGUCUGUGUGUAAGGAAUCUAUAUAAUAUAGGAGUUUCACUUUUUGAAUGGAAUUACUGAAAUAAAUCAAAUUUUUGAUGAUAUUCUAA